AUGAAAAGAAUUGAUUCAUUGAUAAGUGAUAAAAAGAUGGUUCCUUUUGGUGGUGACGCAUACGAAUAUAUCAAACUUACAAAAACUAAAACGCCUAAAAAAGAUGAAAAGAAAACAACCACUCUUGAGAGUAAUCAUGUAAAUAUUAUAUCAAGUGAUAGUGAAGAAGUUAAACCUAAAUUAACAAGAAGCAAAGAAAGAAAAAGGAAAGAAGAAAAAGAGUUAAAAAAAUAUAAGGAACAAGCAAGUUCAAAUAAACUUCAAAUUAGACAGGUAAUUACUAAAUAUAUUCCUGGUUCAAGAAUGGUUCAUUUAAGUAAAGCAUUCAAAUAUUUUGUUCCAUCUACAGAGUUAUUCUUUGAAAAUUAUCCAAUGGAUAAAAAUAUGUACUUGGUUCGUUGGGAUAAUUAUUCAUUACUAGAAGCAACAUGGAUCUUAGAGUCAGAAGUUAAUGAAAGUAUUGAUAAAAAUGGAUUAGUCAAAAGGUUUGAAGAAUGUUGGACUUUAGAUAAGUCAUGUAUUUAUAAUGAUUGUUUAUAUCCACGCCAACAACUUCAUUUGUAUCCUUUUUUAGAGAAAAUUGUUCCAGCUAAGUUAUUAGUUCCAACAAAAAUUUUAAUGGAAUCACCACAGAUAGAAGAUGCUGGUGAAAAGAUAACUAUGUAUCGUGUAAAAUGGCCAGGUACAUUUGAGUUAUUUAUUAGUGAAGAACCAGAUACUUUUUUUAAUAAUGAAAGAACAAAACAAUUAUUGGAUCGAUGGAAAUUUAAACCAAAAGAAUUUCCUCUUCAACUGAAUCCCUCACAGUCUGAUUGUUUAUUGACAAUAAAAAGAAAUAUUUCCCAACACUAUGAGACAUUAAUAUAUGGUGGAUAUGGUAAAAGGACAACUGUUUUAUGUUAUUUAUUGUUUAGAUUAAGAACAAUAAGUUAUCCUAAACCACAACUGAUUAUUUGUGAUGAAACUUCUUUAUCUUAUUAUUAUAACCAAUUACCAUUUCUUUUUCCUGGAGUUCCAAUUACUUAUAUUGUUAAUCCUUCUAAUGACCCUCAAAUUGAAACUGUUUUUAAUUUAGAGUUAUAUGAUGAAGAUGAAAAUGUAAAACCACAACUUGUUCUAUUUUGUUGUAAAAGUUUUUCAUUUAAAAGAUUUGUAAAAUUUGACUGUGUAUUAAUUGAUGUACAAAAAGAAGAAAAUAUUAAUACAAAAUUAAUUAGAACAGGAAUUUGUGACCAUUUAAUAGCUGUUGCACGUGAGAAUUGUGAUAUCAAACAACUUAGUACAUUCUUAAAAGAAAAGUCUAAAAAAAUAUUAAUUGAAGUUGAAAUGAAACAAGAACCUAAACCAAAGUUAAGUAGACUGUUUUUAAUGUUAAAACAACAUACAAAACAAUCAUCAAUUUAUCAACAAACAGUCUCUGAUUUGAAAAGAACAAAAAGUGUAAACGCCUUAAAUGAAGAUUUAAGUAGAAUAAUGCUGUUUCCUAAUAUCAGUACUUUUGGAAUUCAAAUAAAAGGAAUUAAAAUGACAACGGCAGAAAAAAUUGUUCGUGGAUUAGUUGAGUUAAAUAAAAAAGUUGUUAUUGUUUCAACAAUUCCACAAAUGAAUGAAGCAUUGUCACUAAUUUUUAAAUGUAAGGUUAUUAAAUGGGAUAACUUAGUUUCUACUAAUAAAGAUAUAAGUUUACAAUUCAAAGAAACACCAACACAAGAUGAAAAUAAAUUAGAAAGAAAUGUUGUUUGUUUAGAUCCAAAUUCAUAUGAAGAGGGUGUUGAACUUUCAACUGCAGAUUAUCUUUUAAUGCUUGAUGACGAUUAUACUCAAUCUAAAAUUGAUGAACUGUGUCAAACACGAAGAAUAGGAACAAUAAAAGAUUUAAAAGUUAUUUACAUUGUAAUAGAAAAUAGUUAUGAUGAAACAAAUGCACUUUCUAUAAUAACCAAUAAAAACACAAAUCAACCAAGUAAAAGUAAUGGAUCAUUACAACCUCUUAAUAGCAUAACAAAAUUCUCUGAAUAUGAAAAAUGUUUAGAAGAAAUAACACAAGCUAAAGAAGGAAUUACUAUUCUAAGAUUUGGAACUGAAGAAGAAGUUAACACUUUUAAUAAAACAAAAGAAGAACAAACUCAGAAAGAACAAACGGAAGAAAUAAAGAAGAAAGAAGAGGCUGAUAAUGAAUCUAAAAAACAGAAUCAAUUAUAUGUUAAAAAGAAAUCAUUGAAACUCCUUAUGACUAAAGAUGGUAUAAAAAAUAUUGGAAAUGAGUAUCUAGAAGUUAUUGAUGAACAUAGUAAUGAAAAUACUAAUAAUAAUGAAAAUACUAAUAAUAAUGAAAAUACUAAUAAUAAUGACCACAGCUCUAGUAAAUCAAGUGAAGAAGAGUCCGUUGAAAUUCUUGAAACAACACAAGUUAAAUCUGUUCAAAAAGAAGAACAGGAUAAAAGAAAAAGAAGUAAAGUUGAUGAAUAUAUCAAAUCAAAUGAUUAUCAACGUAUUGAUGAAAGUGAUGAAGAAAAUGCUAGUAAAAUUAUUAAUAAAGAAACUCAAAAAAUUUUAGAAAAGCUUGAAAGUAUUAUUUCACAUGAACAAAUUAGUAGCGAAGAAUGUCACAAAGUAAGCCAAUUAAUUAUAUCUUUACUUAAAAGAUUUGGUAAACACUAUGAAAAUUGGCCAAAAGGAGUAUUUCAAAUAUUCAGCACAAAAAUACAACGACUUUUACCUUCUGUUAUAAAAGACUUAGACAAAAUAAAAAUGAGUGAAGAAAUUGAAGAUAGUCAUGAAAAUUAUCAAAAAGUAAAACAAGCUGUUGAAUCAAUUCAAAAAGUGAAACUAAAUCUAGAUGAUAUUCAACCGUGUGAAUGGGGAAUUCCAUGUGAUUUAUUAUUACUCAAAGAAGUAAAAAAGUAUGGAUUAGAACCACCAAAACUAUGGCUUAAGAAUGAUAUAUUAAAUUUUAUGAUACAUAAACUUGGAAUAUCAGAUAAACAACAACAAAUUAACUUCGUCCUUGAACGAGCUAAAGUAUUAAUUAAUUCAUUGAAAACUCAGUCAUCAAAUGAGCCAAAAGAAAUAGAAGAAUAUCAUAGCAAAAGAGGAGUGUCUGAAAUGAUGUUAAGUGAUAUAUCUGAAAUUAAACCAAUCCCAACACCAAUAAAACAUAAAUGUAGUAGUGUUUCACCACAAAACAUCACUAAUAACAUUACUCCAAAUGAUAGCUUAGAAACAUCAAAAAAACCAAAAAAAAUAUUAACACAAAGUAAUAGUGAAAAUAGUUCAGAGCUAUUAGAACAACCAUCAUAUCUCUUAAAAAAGAAAUUAAGCAAAAUAGAAAAAGAUUAA